UUUUUGGUUUUAAAGGUACACAAUGGUCUUCACCGACACCCAAUUAGAAAGACUAAUGAGCUUUUUAGUUGAACAGACGAAGGAUUCCAUUGAGCCAUUGGUGGUAUUAAAAGUGUUCACAGAAUACAGUAACCGUGAAAAUGAUGGAUUAUCGUAUAGAUUCUAUUAUGAUCGAUUCCGAACAUCGGUGGCACUGAAUAUGGCUAAACUUACGGAAUACACUAUUGAGGAUCGAAUUCGAGUCAUGUUUGGAUUCGCUGGAGAAGUUAGCGAUGAUUUCCUGACAAAAAUUGAAACGAUCGGAAUUGUUAAACUUGAUGAGAAAAAACGAAUUUGUAAAUUCACAUCGCAUGAUGGAAAGUUGAAGUUGGAAGCGGUCCACAGUCAUUCGGCAAGAAUGAAAAGGAUGUGUUUUUUACAAGUCAAAGGUUCCGCCGAUCUCGUGAGAUUUAUGGAUUUUCUCGUGGAAAAGACAAAGGAUACCAUUGUGCCUGUGGCGGCAUGUAAAGUGCUCACAGAAUACAGUAAACGUGAAAAUGAUGGAUUAUCGUAUAGCGUCUAUUAUCGUCGAUUCCGAAGAUCGGUGGCACCGAAUAUGGCUAAAUUCGAGAACUACAGCAUCGAGGAACGAGUUCGAAUCAUGUUUGGAUUCGCUGGAAAAGUUGCGGAUGAUUUUCUGGAACAAAUCAAAACAGAAGGAGUUGUUGAGCUCGAUGAUGGAAAACGAAUCUGCAAGUAUGCAUCACACGAUGGAAAGCUGAAGUUGGAAGGAGAUCACAGUCGGUCGGCGAGAAAUAAAAGAAAAUACGCAGCAUAUCGAAAGACUGAUCAUCACCAUCUUAGCAAUGCGAAAGAUCCGAAGCUUUCAAGAAAAAGCGGAAGAAAGUCCGACUUGGAAUUCUCUGACAAAAGUGACGAGGAUGACGUGGAUUCUGCGAUUUCGAAGUGCAAUUUUCCGAAAAGAGCGAGAUGUGAAAAAUCCGCUGAUCCUGAAUUGCAUGAAUCAGGCGAAAGUGACGACGAUGAAGAGAUGGAGGAUGUCGGAGGGAUUGACGGUGACCCGGAUCUUGAACCAAUUGAUGUCGAACAUGAUAAAAUCGCUGAUCGAGAUGUGGCUGAUAAUUCGAGUAUUGAUGAUAUACACGAAAAUAUGCCGGCACGAGUAUCUGAAAGUGACGACGACGAGUAUAUUGGAGCUGUGAACGAAGAUCCAGAACAUAGACUCUUUGAUGAAUCCCAUAUCGAUUAUUUGCAAAGCGAUGAAGAAAUGAUCCUAGAAGACACCGACGAUGACGUGGACUACGCUGGGAUGGUAGAAGCACAACCGAAGCCUGAACCGAUUGAUUUUCAUUUUGAUCAAAUCAAUAAUAGAGAUAACUUCCAAGGAAAUCAAGAAAUGAUGAUAGAAAACAACAAUCGUACUCCAUUCCUCAAACGUCAACAAAUCGAUCUUUCCGCGGACAAUCGAGCUACUUCAGCUGAAUCGAAAACCAUUUUAAUGCACGACUUUCUGAAACAACUGACCCAAUUCAUUUGCUUCCUUGAAAGUCCGAAACUCGCCGAGAUCAAGCAGCAAAUCAAAGAAUCGAUCGGAACUGGCGAAGAUGAGAAACUGCAGGUCACCGAUAUUCAUACUGUUCUUGAGGCAUUCUUCUUCGGGGUCAGUCGAAAAAUCAGAUUAGACGCGUCAAAUAACCCAGCUAUGAAGGUCAAGGAUUUCACGCUCAAGUUCAAGUUCUUCAUUCUCGCAUUGGACUUUUCCGAGCUUCUAGAGCUUAAGAAGAAGGUUCAAGGAAUAAUCGACGAGCCGGAAUUCAAUGAGAAGAUUCUUCCGAUCAGCGACAUCAGACGAUCUCUCCAAAAUCUGCUAUUCACAAUUUCUCAAUAACUUGAAAAGUUCUCAUUGUUUUUACUGCAAAAUUUCUCCCUUUUGCUAUGUUUUUCUGUUAUUUUUUCGUUCAUAAUUGUUUUUCCCCAUUUUUUUGUUCAAGUUAUGAAAGAAUUUUCGUUUAAAGUAUCGAAAUGUUUGUUGAUUAUUUGAGUGUUAGACUACUCAACAUUGCUCUCCGAACACUAAAAAAGUGCCCUUUUUCAGAAUAAAGCGGUUUUAUACAUUUUCAAAAA